CUCCUCCCUCCGGCGCCACCACCACUCCUUGCGCAGAUGCCCAACGUCCUCGUCUCCGGGGUCUACCCGUCCCCUGACACACAGGAGGACAAGGCCCUUCGAGAGGCGCUGCGUCUCCUCACACCAACCAGACCUGACUUUCGCACUGCCGACUAUGCUGCGAGUUUCAACUGGGACGAGAUUUCGCUCGAAUACGCGAGGCAGCUAAAUGAGUUCACACACCUGCCGCAGCGAGACGAGGACUCUUCGCCAUGGUAUGCCGUGGUGUUCCGGUCGAAGCGACGCAAGGACUGCAACAAUGUCGAUUUAUUCGACGCCGACAGAGACGCAUACAACGAGGCAUUCAAGCAUACGGGCGGUGCGCUGCUGGUCUACUGGUACACCGACCUGGAUGCGGACUUCAACUGCCUGGCCACCUGCGUGUGGACCAGCCGUGACAAGGCGCUGUCAGUCAACUCUCUACCAGCACACCGGCAAGCAUCGCGGCUGUCUGCUGACUCGAUAUGA